CGAGGACAGGGUCCUGAGUUUUCGUUCCUGCUCUUCCCCUCAUCUCGUUGUUUGUCUUUUCAAGCUGCCUUCUACCCUUGGAAGCUGGGCGACGAGGUUGGGAGGGAUUUUACGCAAGGACAAGUCACGAAAGCGUCCGGCAUCAACAACUGCCUUGGAACCUGCUGAGCCCAUCCUCUCCCCUCCUCCGAGUGUCUACAACCACCCUCUGUCCUUAUCCCCCACCAUGUCUGCCUACCGACUGCCCCCGGAGUUAUGGACGAUCAUCUUCGAGUACGCGUGUAACGACACCGGCGCAACCGGACGCUCGAUCUCGCAGACCUGCAUGCAUUUUCAUGACAUCGCGCGACGCGUCCGCCUGCGCUGCGUCUCCGUGACCGGCGCCUACCAGAUACGCGCAUUCGAGGCGCACCUCCAAUCCCUCCCACCCGACGAGCGCCAAGUCCGCCACAUCUUCGUCUCCUCCUGCCCCCAGGCCAAGUCGCGCGACGCGCCCAUCGCCCACGCGCACGUCUGCCGCAUGCCCGGCAGCGAAGGAUACGCCGCCACGCUCGCGGCGUAUCGCCGCAUAUUCGCGCUCGUCGCGCCCACCCUGCGCACGUGCUACGUCUCGCACUGCAUAUCGCGCUACUCGUACAUGCUCCCCUGCUCCAUGCCGCACCUCACGUCGCUCGUCAUGAACGGGCCGCAGCCGACGUGGUACGCGCCCACGGCGGAGCGCUUCCCCUCCCUGCGCUACCUAGGCUUCGCGGGCUUCUCGGACUACAGGCCGGAGAGCAUCGACGAUCUGUGGAAUAUCGCGCCCAAUCUCGAGCACAUCGACCUCGAGAUCAAGUAUCCCUCGCGGCACCUGGUGACGGAUCUGCGCGCAAUCGUGCGCCGCCGCUCCUGCGAUGUGAAGAGCUCGAGACGGCGGCGAAUGCUUAUGGAUGAUGACACGCUGCGCGCCAUGGGACCCAGCGUCCGGGUCGUGUCGAUCCAAGUCGGAGACAGGCCCCCGCAGGCUGACCUUGCGCUUUGCCACAUGCAUGUACUGCAGGCGGUGCAGCAGCUGUCGGAGGAGGACCCCAGACUGGUGGUGAAGGAACCCAGGGCAUGCAUACAUCACACGGACACAGAGCUCGACUGGCUCGAAAAUUACUGAAGGCUAUCUGCGCGCGAACUUUGUCUUGAUUAUUGUAAGCACGUACCCAUAUUGUUACUCAUACGUCCCUUCCUCAGCUGGCGCGGUCAAUUGUGCAAAAUGUCACUGUACUCUUUCCUGUGCUGCUAUAGCUCGUCGGACGAGACCCUCAUGUCCCGGGUCAGUUUUCCAGUGCGAUAUCAGUCGCCAGUCUUGAGACAAGCGGUAGUCGUACUUCUUGGCAUAUCCUCGUGCAAGGCCUCGGUACGACUAAUGCUACCUACCUCACGAACGCACUUACUCUCGUUG